AUGGAUAUCUCAAUUUUCUUCCUUCUUCUAUGUCUGUUGCAAACUCUUCCACAAUUAGCUAAUACAUUUGACAGUGACACUCUCGGAGGCACAUCUCUAUCUAUUGAGAACCGGUUGGUUUCAGCAAACGGAGAAUAUUCUGCAGGGUUUUUCCCCGUUGGUGACAACGCUUUCUGCUUUGCCAUAUGGUUCAACAAAUCCACAAAUUCUACAGUUGUUUGGAUGGCAAACCGAGAUGACCCUGUUGAUGGAACAGGUUCAAAGCUUUCUGUUUUGAAUGAAGGGAAACUUAUCCUUACCAAUUCAGUUGGUAUCACUAUUUGGACCACUAGAACACCAGCCUUGGCAACAUCAGAGGCCACCUAUUUGCAACUACAGCUCUUAAACACAGGAAAUCUUGUUCUUAGUAAUUCCAAAAGUGUUAUCAUCUGGCAAAGUUUUGAUUCACCUACAGAUACUCUUCUUCCUCAACAAGCACUCACCAUGCUUUCAAGUCUUAUCUCGAAAAGAAGCCAAGACGACUAUGCUUCAGGCAACUACAAGCUCUUUUUUGACAAUGAUAAUGUCCUCCGCCUGCUUUUUGUAGGUCCAACUAUGACUAGUCUGUACUGGCCGGACCCUUGGGUUACAGACCCUGGAAAAUUACCUCAAAGGGAUCCGCACAAUAGUAGUAGACAUGCGAUACUUCAUGACUCAGGCUAUUUCCGGUCAUCUGACAAUUUCACAUUCUUUGCAACAGAUUUUGGUGUGGUUACUCAUAGACGAUUAACGCUUGAUUCUGAUGGCAAUCUUCGAUCAUACAGCCUGAAAAAGAUGAAUCGGACGUGGGAUUGGGCUGUAACAUGGCAAGUCUCCUCUCAACCAUGCAGAAUUCAUGGCAUCUGUGGACCCAAUAGUCUGUGUAGUGCAGAUCAUGUUUCUGGCAGGAGAUGCUCAUGCUUGCCAGGCUUCAAGGUUAAAGAUCAUACUGAUUGGUCAUAUGGAUGUGAACCAGAAUUCAGUAUCUCUUGCAACCGAAAAGAUCCGUCUAGCUUUGUUCAACUUGAUAAUGUUGAAUACUAUGGCUCGGAUCUAACCGUCUAUGCUAAUAUUACUUUGCCAGAUUGUGAAGACAAAUGCAGGAACUCAUGUAUUUGCAAAGGCUUUCAAUAUAAAUUUGUUGUGUAUAAUGGUUACUAUUUUUGUUACCCCAAGUUUCAACUAGUUAGUGGACACCAUUCACCGAAUUUUGAAGGAGAUUUUUAUUUGAGAGUACCCAAAGCUGGUCUUUCCAAUAACAAGAGUCCUGAUGAAGCAUCCAGAUUGGAGUGCUCUGCCAAAAAUUCCACACAACAAAGAAUAACGUAUGAAAAUAAGACGGUAAAGCUUUUGCUUUGGUUUGCCACAGCAGUGGGAGGUGUUGAGGUGACCUGCAUUGUCUUGGUCUGGCUUUUCUUGUUAAGAAGUAGUAAACAUCCAAAUCCAGCUGCAAAAGGAUACCUCUUGACUAAUAGAUUUCAACGAUUCACCUUCGAUGAGCUAAGAAAAGCGACACGAGGAUUCAAAGAAGUGAUUGGAGCAGGAGCAGGAGGGAUAGUAUACAAAGGUGUACUGCCUAAUCAGCGUGUUGCAGCAAUCAAGCGACUCAAUGAAGCUAACCAAGGAAAAGCUGAAUUUCUAGCAGAAGUAAACACCAUUGGAAUGUUGAACCACAUGUACUUGAUAGAGAUGUGGGGAUACUGUGCAGAGGGAAAGCAUAAGCUCUUGGUGUAUGAGUACAUGGAGCAUGGAUCUUUAGCUGAAAAUCUUAAUUCUAAUGCACUAGAUUGGGAGAAGAGGUUUGAAAUUGCAGUGGGCACCGCGAAAGGCCUAGCAUAUCUUCAUGAAGAGUGCUUAGAGUGGGUCUUACAUUGUGAUGUAAAGCCUCAAAAUAUACUACUAGAUGCUGACUAUCAACCAAAAGUAGCAGAUUUUGGCUUGUCUAAACUACAAAGUAGAAGUACAAUUGAUCGUUCCAACUUUUCUAAGAUGAGGGGAACUAGAGGUUAUAUGGCUCCUGAGUGGAUUUAUAAUCUUCCCAUUACUUCAAAAGUGGAUGUGUAUAGCUAUGGAAUUGUGUUAUUGGAGAUGGUGACUGGAAAAAGCCCAAAUGGCAUGCAUACCUUAGACAACGGAGAGACAAGGGAGCAUAAGAGGUUGGUGACGUUGGUAAGAGAAACUAUUGACUUUGAGAACGCUAUAACAAUGGCAUGGAUUGAGGAAAUUAUAGAUCCCAUGAUCUGUGGUAACUAUGACAAGGUUAAGGUGGAACUUUUGGUCAAAGUGGCUUUGCAAUGUGUGGCAGAAAACAAGGAUGAUAGACCCACCAUGAACCAGGUAGUUGAAAUGCUUGUAAGCCAUGAGGAAUGA